GCUCUCAGGAGUCCUGUUGGGGGGGGGGGGGGGGGAGAGUUGCUCCGGCUUCGCGAGCACCAUGAGCGGGCUGCAGAACAGUGCUGCCCGAAGACAGUUUUUACUUGAGCGCUUACUGGAUGCAGUUAAACAGUGCCAGAUCCGGUUUGGAGGAAGGAAAGAGAUCGCUUCUGAUUCAGAUAGCAGAGUCACAUGCCUCUGUGCGCAGUUUGAGUCCGUCCUUCAGCAUGGUUUGAAGAGGACCCGGGGGUUAGCUUUGACCGCCGCCGCCAUCAAGCAAGUCACCGGUUUCUCCAGUAAAACUGAAAUGGAAUCCAUAUUUUGGUACUAUGUGAAAGAAGUUCUUAAUAAACACGAACUGCAACGUUUCUAUUCCCUGAGAAACAUCACUACGGAUACAGGUCGAGGACGGGCUUGGCUACGCUGUGCUCUCAAUGAACAUUCCCUAGAAAGAUAUUUGCAUAUGUUGCUUGCAGAUAAAAACCAUCUUAGCGUCUUCUAUGAAGACUGGUCCUUCUUGAUGGACGAAGAACGAUCCAGUAUGAUUCCCACCAUGGCAGCUGGGCUGAACUCGAUUCUUUUUGCAAUCAACAUCGACAAUAAGGAUUUAAAUGGACCGAGCAAAUGCCCACCCUCUGUCUCCGACCUUCUCAAGGAAUCCACCCAGAACGUGACCUCUUUGCUGAAGGAAUCCACCCAAGGGGUCAGCACCCUCCUCCGGGAGAUCACAUCUUCCUCUCCCGUUUCCAUGCUAAUCAAAUCGGAUCAGGAUGCUGACCUCCUACCUAUUUUAUCCAAGAGUGUCAGUGGCGAUUUAAAAUGCCGGAAAGAUCGCACGAAGAAAAAGAAGAAAGUCACAAAAAUCAUUUCGUUCGAUGAUGAAGAGGGCCUCCUUUUGGGGACCCCCAUACGGGGGACAGCGGCAGGGGAAGACUCCGAAGAUGGCUGCGACAGACUGUCAGCCUCGGCAGCUUCUUCGGUAACUGAACAGAUGGAUCUUCUGCCCGGCAACCAGGAAGACACGUCGCUGAAACAUCAUUCUGAGUACCUGAACGGAGACUGCAGCUACCUGAAACUAGAUGUCAAAAGCAUAGAUGAUGAAGAGGCCGAAGAGAACGAGGAGAACCACACCAGAACAUUGAGGAACCACAGUGUGAUGGAAGACGCACAGGUGCUCGCAAAACCCGCUGAAGGUGUGAUGUCCCAUUCGCUGGUUUGCACGGGGACGCCUCUACAAGUGCUGAACGAUGACGCGGAUGAAUUGUUCCCAGUCAACGCUGUGGGUUCUUUCUCCCAGAGUGAAAACCUGGAAGACGGCAAUGAACAUGAAAAUGCAGAUUUUUCAGUAGAAUUGACUCAGAGCAAUGCUGAAUUGCACUACAGCUCUCCUGUCCAAAAGAAUGCAUUAACCGAACUUCUGCCUUCGGAUAACGUACCAGAAUCGAUGACUGUGGAGGAACUUCGGCAAGCUAUUGUAGCUAUGAUGAACAGAAAGCAUGAACUAGAAGAACAGACUAGUUCCUUGCGGAGCCUCUUGGAAGGCGAGAUGGAACAUUCGGCGGGACUCCGUCAAGAGGUGGACAACCUGAAGAAGAAAGUUUCAGAGCACGAAGAGCAUUAUACAGUGAGGAUCCAGGCCCUGGCAAGGGAGAAUGAGGUGCUCAAAGUCCAGCUAAAGAAAUACGUCGGGGCUGUCCAGAUGUUGAAAAGAGAAGGUCAAACCAUGGACGUCUUGCCAAAUCUUUGGAACGCAGAUAGUGAAUUUUCUAUUCCCGAACAAAAGCAAGUGGAAAACAAUGAGGAACGCGCAAAUUCUUAUGAAAGGAAGCUGAUUGAGGUGGCGGAAAUGCAUGGGGAACUGAUCGAGUUCAACGAACGCCUCCAUCGUGCCUUGAUGGCCAAAGAAGCCCUGGUGACUCAGAUGAGACAAGAACUGAUCGAUCUGAGAGGACCGGUUCCUGGAGAUCUCAGUCAAACCUCUGAAGAUCAAAGCCUGUCAGAUUUUGAAAUAUCAAACCGAGCCCUUAUAAACGUCUGGAUUCCUUCAGUCUUUCUCCGUGGGAAAGCAGCAAAUGCAUUUCAUGUUUAUCAACUAUAUAUCAGGAUAAAAGACGACGAGUGGAAUGUUUAUCGAAGAUACACAGAAUUCAGAGGGCUUCACCACAAGUUGCAGAUGAGAUAUCACCAAGUACGAAGCUUUAACUUCCCACCCAAAAAAGCGAUCGGAAACAAGGAUGCAAAGUUCGUGGAGGAACGUCGGAAGCAGUUGCAAAGCUACUUAAGAAACGUGAUGAACAAAGUCAUCCAGGCUCUGCCAGAAUUUAUCGCCAACCCCAAAAAAGAGACUCUCAUCCAACUGAUGCCCUUUUUCGUGUGAGUAUCUCUCGAAAAAGAUUGAUUGUUUUUAAUGGGCGGUUGAGUGGUAUUUUACUUCCUUCCUUAAUUUAUGAAGUGGGGAAAAAAAAGAAACCACCUUUGAGGAGGACUUCUGUGAGGCUGUCACAACUUGGAGUGUAAUUUAAGAGGCAUCCUUCAUCCAGCACAAAAAGGUUUAAAUGUGUUUUGAGAGAGAGAAGGGGGCUUAAAAACAAUGACAAUGGCGCUACUUCAUUUGAAGUGCGAUUGGAUUGCGUUGAUAGCAGUAAAUAGGUCUUUUAGCGAUGAAUAGAAUUGUAAGAGAGGGGGGAAAAGGAGCUCUCCGUUUGGAGGAACGGUGUUGGAAACAAUCCCACAACUUCAGGAAUGGGGGAACAUCCUCUUUUUCCAUGGACACUGUGAAAUGGAAAGUUUGUACCUCCCAUCUUGGAUUGUAGAAGUCAUCCUCACCUAGCGACCACAAUUGAAACUGGUAACUCGGUCACUAAGUGUUGUGUUGCCAAGCAAAACGUCGUGUCGUUUCAGGGAGGCUUAUGUUCUUCUUUGCCCUUCAAAUGUUAAGUGAAUCACUGUGGGGCAUUAAGGAAACAUCCCAGGACUGCAUCUUAUGAUUUGAUGCCUUCUCUACAAGCUGGUAGAGAGUU